AUGGGAACCGUGGGGUUUGUGUACUUGUGCCUGUGCCUGUGCAUGAGUCUGAGUACCUAUGACUGCGACCGCAACGGUGACUGGAUGUCAGUCAGUCAGUCAGUCAGUCAGUCAGUCAGUCAGUCAGGACGAUCUAGCAACCGGGAGGAAGAAUCGAAGGAUGAAGAUACCGAGCAACUCAAUUAA